AUGCGUAAUUCUAAAAAUGGUAAGAAGAAGGAGAUGAGUGUUAAUAAGUCAACAGAAGUGAAAUCGACGGUGGAGGCGAACAAUGGAGAGGUGAAUGUGGAUGUUGCUCCACCAGUUAGAAGUUCGCAAAAGUUCAGGUUCGUAAUUGAGCACAUAGAUUUCUGCCUUUUUUGUAAAAAGAAGAAAGAGAAAAAUGAGGAUACAAGUGACAGUGGAGGACUUAACCACUGCGGUGCGCGUGGCGGAAAGGAUGACGAUGAUGAAGGUGAUGGUCUUGAUGCGAAAGAGGGAGAUAUUCAAAUGAAUCCCAAGAAGCUAAGGUUUAUAGGCAAGACCUAUGACAUUUUGAAGAAGAAAAGCUUCAACCCAAAGCAUUUAAAAAGGUUAGAAAAUGCACAAUAUUUUGAAAAGGUAUUAUGGCCGCAUUACAAUAUAUAUGACAGGCUGUAUGCUCUAGAAAACAACGAAGUAUUUUUUUGCAUGGAUAAUCGUAAUGUAAGUAUAUACAAGUUGUACGUAAAGCACAUACUAUCGAUUAUCGUUUUUUUAUGCUAUAAAUAUGAAGAGAAGGGGAAAUACGAAAUUUGGGAUCAGAUAAUUUACAACAAAAUAGACGAAUUUGAAAAGUUGGUGGAAAUGGAAAAGAAGAAUUACACUCCAAAGGAAAACUACAAAAUCGAUGAACGCUUUAAUAUGUAUAAGGAAUUCCUUGUACAAAAAUUUCACAGUUUAUUUUUUAAUACCCUGAAAUUGAUUAACUAUAACUUUAUUUUUAGUGAGUGUGUGCAAAAUGGGAAACUAAGGGGGGAGAGUACAGAGAAGGAGAAUAUUGUAAAGACAUGCAGAAGGCGUGUAUACAAAUUGAACUUUUUGGAGAAAUCCUUUGUGAUACAGUUUUUUAUAAAUAUUUAUUCUAGUAUAGACAAAAAAUUUCUGUUCAAAUUGUGCCUUGAUCUGUGUAACCCUUUCAUUUGGAGCUCUGUAAAUUACAGUUACUUAAACGCAUUUCUGUUUGAGAAGAGCAAAGAAGCGAAAGUAUUGUAUAAUAAUCUUCUAAGGGUUAUGGAAAAGAAAUAUUUAAAUGGAAAGAGUUACAACGUGCUGGGUGUAUAUACGUGCAAUUGUGGUGUAGUGGACGAGGAUGAUGUGAAGAAGGAAAAAUAUGAUGAGGGUAUCAUUUUAUUUGUUAACAAAAAUGAAUUUUUUUACAAUUUGAUAAAUUACUUUUUAAUCGUUCUGGACACCUUUGAGGGGGAGUCCGAAGAACUGGAUGAAGUAGCCAGUGAUUCUUCGAUCUCCUCGAUGAGUGACACAGAUAGUGAAAAUGGAGAGCUAGACGAAUGCGAAAAAUAUUUGGAAAUGUUUAAUGAUGAGGAGGAGGCACUGUUAGGUAAGGAGGAGUUUGGAGAUGCUUCUGUACCAUUGGGUAAAGGGAACAUGGAAGAGAGUGCCCCCCUGAAUGACAACGGGAAGGAUGAUAUGGGUACUGGUGCGAGUGAUCAAGAGGGGAGUCAUACGGAAGACUCGAUGGUCGAGGAAGAGGAGGGCAUUACCAGGAAAUGCCUUUCAGGUAAACGCGCAAAGAGGAUUUCAGUUGGUGGGGGUGAGACUGGAACCAUAAAUGCUACACACGUUGAUAGUGGUGAGGACGCACUCCAAGACGAGGUGGUAGAGUUCCUCAAGUCGGUUGAAGGGUACGCAAAGUACAUGUCCAGCGAGGAUGAAGGGGAUGGAAGUUAUGUCAACCAGAGUGAACAUAAGAAGGAAGAAAUACUACGCAUGUUUUGGAAGUAUGAAGGAAGGUUAAAGGGGAAAAAUAAACAAAGGUACCUACGUAAGGUUAGAAGAAGCGAACGGAAGGAUAUCUGUGACGACAAUAAAUUUCGCAUUUUGUUUGUUGAGAAGUGCGUGGAAUUUUUUAUCGACCUGUUAAGUCAACUUUACUCGAGACGGAUAGUGUAUAUUCUUAUAAAGUAUUUUAAUGUGUUAAUUUAUUGCAAAAUUUCUAGUCUUACGAAGAAAAGAAAGUUUAAGGAGCUGAUAAAGCUGUUAAAAUAUUACGUCGAAAUGUAUAUAAAUAAUUUCUCGGGGAAACCAUUAACUUACCAAGAAAUAAGCAACGAGCAUUACAAGAAUUUUGAGUUCUUCCAAACCUUUUGCUACAAACAUUUUAAGGAACACGCGGUGUUAAAAAAUUACUACUUGAAGUCCGUUUUUUUGAUGAACAAGAAGAAGCAGUUGCUGGAGAAUCUAUCCAAACUGGAGGAGCGGGAAUUGCUGUUCCUGUGCGAGAAGUUGAAGUACUUGGUGCAUGGUACGGAUGGAGAGGGGGAAAACCAAUUUGAGGGGAUCAAAUGGAGCAGGGAGAAAGGGAAGCUAUUCCAGAACGUGUCCCUGUUUAGUAAAAAGCAGAAACUGUUCUACAUAACUGUGUUAAUCGAAAAUUUGAGUUUUAAAAACAACAUCUUUGAGGAGAUAGACAAGCAAUGUGAUUACCCGAACGAGAAGGACCUGUUCGAUAGUGUACUGAUAGAUACAAAGGACGACAUGAAAAAGAAGAGGAAAACCUUUCUCUAUACGAAGCCCUUGUUCAAGCUGAAUUUACAAUACCUAUGCAUUAACGAUUAUGUGUUUAGAAUAUAUAAUUUGUUUAAACUGCAAAGUUAUUACGACAUCAGGAAAAAUGUUCUGGAAUACGUCUACGAAACAAAUCCCAAAAAUAAAAAGGUGAAUGAGCAUACUGUGUGUAGAUAUGUGUUCGAAAUUGAUGAACACAGUGAGUCCAACAGGAACGAUAAUGAGGUGAAUGGAAAAGGAGAUAAAAUAGGAAGGAAGAGAAAACAUGAGGAUGAGUUAUUAGGGGAGAAUGAAAUAAAUAGGAAGGAUGGAUUUUCAUCACAUGAGAGGAGCAGUGUGCACACUUACAAUGAGUACCAGCUAAACUCCAUAGUGCAGGAUGUUAACAAAAUAGAAAAUACCUAUUUUGCAAAUGAAAGAAGAAUGAGUAAUAAAAUUGACUGGUUCAAAAUUGUAAGUGUAGAUAACAACAAUAAGAAAGUAACGGGAGAAAUAGUGAUAGACCUCAAGUACAAGUAUUACGAAAGAGUAAAUAACGAGUGGAACAUGAUUAGACCUUGCCAUAUUUUAUUUCUCGUUUGUGUAAAGAAUUAUACAAAUUAUUAUAAGAAUAAAAUAAACGUUAUUAAUGAUGGAGAUUUGAAGAAGCUACUUGGUAUUAACUACGUAAGGGGAUGCGAAGUGUUCAAGUAUGAGAACUUUAUAGAAAAGGGUGAAGAGGGGGAUGCGGAAAACAGCAGCUUGAAGAAGAUCACUGUAUACUUGGAUUAUCAGCAGUACCAGAAAGAUAUUCUUAACGAUCCAGAAAUUUAUAACUCAUUCAAUUUACUAGUGAGGAGGAAACAGAAGGAGAAUAAUUUUUUCUACAUUUUGAACAACAUCAAAACGUUAAUUAUGAAUCCCGAUGAUGCCGUUAUACCGUUUUGGGUGCACGACAUAUUUUUGGGUUACUGCGAUGGUUCUCUCAAGUACUACCAGAAGUCGUUGCCAGGGAGGGUCAGCGCUGAGGGGGAUAGUCAAUCGGAGCAGGAAUCCGAGGAGGAAAGCCAACCGGAUGACCAAUCGGAUGACCAAUCGGAUGACCAACCGGACAACCAAUCGGAGAACCAAUCGGAAGACCAAUCAGAAGACCAAUCAGAAGACCAAUCAGAAGACCAAUCAGACGACCAAUCGGAGGAUCAAUCCGCAUCUGACGCAUCGGAAGAAUACCCAUCAGACGAUGGAAACCGUGACAGUAAAAACAAGUCGCGCAGUUCGAAAUCGACGAAAUUGUUGAAGAAUCCUCUAACGUGUAAUCGAGAGAAGCUAAAUUUUAUAAGAAAGAACAUUGAUGAUAUUAACUACAUGAACACGUUUAUCAACAUCUUGCAUGUGAUAAAAACGACGAACGUUGCAUAUCUUUGUGUCGAUUCGUCGUACAUGAAUGUGUUAAGUCGUGGGGGUAAAAUAAGUGUGAAGAAUCUGCUGAAUGAGUAUAUAGAGCCCCUGUUUUUGAGCUACGUACCGAUAAAAUAUGGAAAUAGAAAAAAAUCUCUUGAUAAGGAUGUGUUCAAAAGGAAUAUUCUGGAAAGUUUGUAUUACCACAUUUGUGUGAUUAAUGGGUACACCAAAUAUGAGAUGGAAUUUGUCUCCAAUUUUGUGGAGAACAUUAGGGCUGUGCAUCGGUAUGGGGAUUAUAGCAUCUUCCAAUUUGUGUUUAAGGAGAAAGAGUAUUUCCUAAUUCUGAACAGCUACCUCGGAAAGGUAGAAAAAGGGGACGACCACAUGUGUCUACCCAUCAAGGUGGGGGCAACACAAAAUGGCAGCAGUGAGGACACAGGCAAAGAUGAUAAUGACUAUGACGUUACGACUAUUGACGAUCGAAGGCAGGUGAAAACUUUAUUCGACAAAAAUGUGGAACGCUCCAUAGAACAUUUAAGCCUAAGGGGCAAUAUUUACAGGAUACCGAACAGGAUAUACGAGGACCAGGAUUAUCCGUUAGAGGGGUUACUUAUUCACACGAAAAAGAGGAACAGCACAAAUGUGGUUUUAGCGAAGAGGGUAGGCGUCGAAAAUGGGGCUGAAGAAAGAAACGUGGUAGAAGGAGCAAGUACAGGCCCAGCAAAAAGAAUGUACUACACAGAAAGGCAAAUUGAAUGUAUAAAGAGCGGAGUGUAUGAAGGAAUAACCAUCAUCGAGGGAGUUCCAGGGAGUGGGAAAACAAGCAUACUAAACAAGAUUAUUAAUAUACUCUUUAAGAACAAAAGGAAAGAAAAAAUUCUCAUAUGUACCCACAGUAAUAGUUGCCUGAACUACAUUUUUAAUUUGCUCGUUAAAGAAAAUUUGAUUCACCAAAAAUAUUUGUGCAGAGUAGGUAUGGGAGAAUUGGAUAUUGAAAAUUUAAGAGCUGAGUAUGAAGAAGUAGAAAGGAACUUAACGAGAAAUGGUAUUGGGAGGGGAAAUGAGAGCAGCAUGGUGAACAAAGCAGGGGAUGAUUUUUUUGAUGAAGACGAUAAUUUUAAUUUUUCGAAAUAUGGAAGAAUCAAUUAUAUGAUAGACUUAAGGCAAAAAAUAUUGAACGAAGUAAAUCUGUUAUCUGAAUCGAGUAGUAGGCAGAAGAUAUAUCACUGUUUGUCUGCUACCCAGUAUUAUGAGAAUCAUGUGAAAAAACGUAUUUCCAAUUUUUUUAAGUUUAUUAAAAAUUAUAGUAGGAACGGAAACAAGCAGGAGUUUUUCGAAUCUUGCAUAACUGCAUCGGUAGACGAUAACGAUUUGUAUAACUUAUUCUUGUGCCCAAAGGUGUACGUGGAUGGACGUGAGCAUGUGGAAGAUUUAAUCUGGACAGGGGGUAAGGAAGCAAGGCGGUGUACUUCGAAGGAGGUUGAGAAGCUACAUAUCCUGGAGGAAGAUAAGGAGUGCUUUUAUUUAAUUCAUCCACAAGAUCAAUUGUGUAUUUUAGAACUCAGCGUUUAUAGUGUUCUUUUCCCUUUUAAAAAGUAUCUAAAUUUGAAGUUGCAUAAUGUAGGGAUCGAUGAGUACUUGGAGUAUAAGGGGGGUUUUGUCGAGAGGGGAGAAAGCACACCGGAGGGGGAUACGGGAAAGGCAGAAGAAAUGGAGGAAAAUGCGGAGGCAAAGGCUGAAGAGGGAAUAGAGACGAACGAUGAACUGUUAGCCCAAUCGGGUGAUGUCUGCACCCCUCGGAGCAUCUUCACCGGUGAUGUAAGUGGCAUGUCGUUCAAAAACGACGAGGACGAUUUAUAUGUGAGUAAAUACUAUUUAGCAAAGUUGAUAAACAAUUUCGAACAUCUAAAUGACUGUAGAGCAUUCGAGGUGUUAAAGAACCAGCGUGAAAGAGGAGUGUACAUCAUAGCGAAGCUAGCCAGGGUGAUUGCAAUGACAUGUACACAUGCAAGCAUAAACAGAAGCAAAAUAGCCAAACUGCAAUUUUAUUUCGACAAUAUUAUUAUCGAUGAGUGCACCCAAAUUACAGAGAAUGAUACAUUUUUACCCCUUCUUCUGCAAGAAAAUAGAUACUAUAAAAGCAAGUUAAAAAGAAUAAUUUUCGUUGGAGAUUCUAAUCAGCUACCACCCAUUAUAAAAAAUAAAUAUAUAAAAAAUUUUGCAAACUAUGAACAGUCUCUGUAUAAAAGAUUUUUAAGAUUAGAAUUGCCAUCCAUUUAUUUGAAUGAACAGGGACGUAUGCGAAAUGAGAUUUGUAACAUAUAUAAAUAUUUUUAUAGCAAGUACAAUAUCCAAAUAUCCAAUUUGGAAUGCAUCCAUAGGGACAAAUUUUUGAAAAAUUUCAAUCCAGGAUUUACUUACACGUAUCAGUUUAUACAUGUGGAUUCGGAGGAGUACACACCGGUGCCUUAUUUUUACCAAAAUUUGUUAGAAGCAGAAAUGGCUGUUGCUAUUUUUGUAUACAUGAGACUUCUAGGAUAUGGAAAUGAAGUAAUUACCAUUUUGACUACAUACAAUGGACAGAAAGAACUGAUACUAGAUAUUUUAAAAAAUAAAUGCCUAUACAAUAAGUUAAUUGGAAUGCCCAAAAAAGUAACAACGGUAGACAAAUACCAAGGAAAACAAAACGACUAUGUAAUUAUUUCCCUUGUUCGAUCGAGAAGUAUUGGAUAUAUGAAAAAUAUUAAAAGGCUUAUUGUUGCCUUUUCACGUGCAAGAUUUGGUUUAUACGUAGUUGGAAAUUAUAAUUUGUAUAAGAAAAAUUACGAAUUUAAGAAGCCACUAUAUUUUUUUAGGAAAAACAGAUUAGAGUUGUCCUUGCAAAUGAAUGAGGAGUUCAAUACAUCCCAACGGGAGGGUAACUCCCCCACAGUUAUCGUGAAGGAUUUAAAUCACUUUUACUCAAUUAUAUAUUCCUUGGCGAAUGCCCACCUGCAGCGCGAUUGUGCGUAG